GAUAUUUUACAAUAAUAAUGGAACAACCAACACAUCGAGAUUUCCUUAUUCAUUUAAAUCAGGGCAAUUUUCAGGCUGCCGUUGAUUUAGCCAACGAAUUAAAACUAGAUAAGGACUUGAUUUAUAAAACUCAAUGGACAAAACGAAAAGAAGAACGCGGACCUCAGCUUCAACUUGCAGAUAUAGAACUUCUUAAGCUUGUGACUGAUGAUGUUUGGGUAGCUGGACAAUGUCUUGAUGUAUGUCUUGAUGAACCAGAUGCACAAAAGGAAUUGUUAACCCUGGGACACUCACGCAUCUACACUCUUACUGAACCCAUCUUGAAACAACUCGAAACAACUACACAACUAUCAGCAAAAGAAAGGACAUUCUUACGAACUCAUCUUUACUUUCUUCAGUACUCUGAUCGCUUGCAAACAUUUACCAAGAUAUGGCCAAGUUUAUCCCAUGCCAACUCCUUUGCUAAUGAAUUCGCUCAGUUUCGUGAUUGUAAUCUGAUUGCUCAAGCUAUUGAAUUUGCUCGAUCAGAAAAUAAUGUGGCAUUAGAUGCCAUCUUUAUGCAUCACGGUCAAACUGUCUUACCCUAUCGUCUCUUCAUUCUCUCUCAAAUCCCUGAAACGGUUGACCCAAGUCGAUUUGAUCUACCCCACGUCACACACGACCACGAAGAUAAAUGGUUAGAAGAAUCAUGGCGAACUCAUCAGGAUAUAGUAGAACAAGAUUGGGUGCAACGAAUGAUCGAACUCGACGUGCAAGAGCAAAUAGAUUAUUUAUCAAGAUUAAAGGCAGGCAUUGAAGCCACUGAGUAUCCAAGUUCAGCACAUGUGAUCGCGGACUGGUAUCUUGAACGAGCUAGAGCUGCUGAUAAGAUAGGACUUUGUAGCACAGCUUUAGAAAUAUGUCGAUAUGCUCAAGUGAUGGGUAUUACGGAGAUUGAAUCUAUUACGGUUGAUUAUGAAUGGUUAUGCAAAUAUGUUUAUGCCUCUACCUCAGUAACCAACGACGAUGAGGAAAAUUAUGUGGAUUUAGAAAAGUUCAGAGAAUUAUCUAGCUAUGAUGUUUUAGAAGGCUUAUUAAGGAAUACAAAUGCAUCGACUAUUCUGGAUGAUAUGACGAGGUUAGCAUUGCCUUGGAUUGAAGUAUCUAAAAGGAAAAUAAAAGAGGACGACGAAGAAGAAGAAAAGGGAGAGAUUUUAUUAUAUCGUUGGUUACUUGCGCCCACCAUUGUGAAUAACCAUCUAGAUUGGCUAUGCAGUAUCUUUGAGAUGUCAAAACCGACCAUUCCAGUAGAGGAUCGGAUCAUUAAAGACGAUCUUGAUUUAUCUCGACUUAUCUUGGCUAUUGUUUAUUCAAGUGGUGAGUUGAUGGACUAUCUUAUUCGACUAUUUGAAUGCUUGCCCAUCUUUGAACAAGUGGAUGAUGAUGAGCCCUUGGUAGAAAUGGCUCAGAUUUUUCCUAAGGCUGAUUCACCCUUUAAUCUCUUUCUUGAGCUUCAAUCGAUAGGCUCUUAUGGAUUAACACGUAUGAUGGAUACAUUACAAAAUCAUUUAGGGUCAGCAGAGGUAUUGGCAAGAUAUCAUGCGAGUGUUCCACUUCGUUGGUUUCUAGAAGAUCAAUCAUUAGAGGCACAACGACAUCUUUGUAUUCGUAUGGCAUCUCGAGCUUCUGGAGGUGUAGAAUCAGGAGGUGUACAAUUUGAUCGAGAUGAUGAUUGGCGUGAACUUUUAGAUGAUAUGCUUCGUUUAUGUGAUCAUGGACAAGGUAUCUUUGGAAAAUUAGAUUCUACUGAAAUUAUAGAGAUUUUCUUUAGUACCUUAUUACGGUGUGGACGUUUCCGUCUUGCUAAAGAGCUUAUUUUGGGAUCUAGACGAAUCAUUGAUGUUACAAAAGCUGAAAGAUUGGUUAUUGAUGCAGAGAGAGAAUUUUUUGAUAAUGCAACAUCUGGUAAUAAACAUUCAGGAAGUAUGAAGCAAGCUUGGGAAUGUUUGAGUAUUUUACCACCUACUACAGAAAUUAAAAAGGAGAUGGCCUUAAUUGAGGCUACACAUACGUUAAUAUCAGAAUAUAAAACACAAGAUCGUCCGGGUAUGAUCUUGAUGCCAAUUCAGAUCCGACAGUCUAAAAACCGUCUAGAGUUGAUCUCUAAAUUAAUCCAUACUAAACAGGAUAUUUAUCUUCGUCACGAAAAGGUCCUAGAGUUAGUACAACAACUAGGUCUAGUAGAUGUAUUAGCAAAAGUAAAGACCUUAAGUCUAUUAGCAAGUGCGGCUUUAGUAGAGGAGGAUUAUCUUGAAUCGUAUAAACUCUGUCAACUCGCUGUAGAUGCUGCUCGAUCGAAACCAGCAGCCAAUUCAAAAAGUUAUAAUGACGAGGUCAAUCAGACAGCCUGGCAAAUUUGUUUAAGUUUGGGUAAAGUAGAUGCAUUUAAUGAUACAAGUAGACGAUUGGACGUACUAUCGAUGGCCAUGACAUUAAGCCCUGUAGAAAACAUUCGUGAUGUAUUGGCAAUUUGGAGAAAAUUAGAUCAACAGAAACCAAGUCAAAUAGCUUUAGCUCAAUUGGGUACAAUUCAUCAUGAGAAUCCUGAGGCUAAAAAGGGAUGGCAAGGAUUAUUACAAAAUGCAACGAAACAAUGGAACUUGACGGAUCUUUUAACAAGGGGAGGAGAACAGGAAAGCUCAGAAACUCAUAAUAAGAGGAAAAGAGAUAUUAUUCGUGAUGCCGUAGGUGGUUGGCUUUUUCAAUAAAUUCAAUAGUAAACUAUUAAUAUAAGGGAAUUAUAAUACACAUGCGAAAAAAAAAAAAAAAAAAAAAAA